UCAUUCAUUUCUACUCCGGCAUUCGGUUAGGUAACAGAUCGGUAUUACAACAACCGGCCAACAAAAUUUUUCCAAAAAUCAUUUGAAAAUUUUCCAAGUUUUCUUAAGAUGGAGAGUGGUCCGGAAUUCAGUUGGGAGUACAGUCAUGGUGGUCAGGGCAGUCCCAACUACUCUCAGGUGGGAAUGAGGGCAUCUCCUCCUGGCGGCGGUGGCCGUCAGUGGUUGCACUCGAAUCAGGCAAGCACCCAGAACUAUAUGCAGGGUUCGAGUCCCCACGGGUCGGGAUUACACCCACAUCACGCUUCGCCAGGCGAUCCUUUCGCCUCUUACAACCAAAACAUGCUGAACAUGUAUACCAACUUUAAGCCCAGCUACGGACAUUCUCAAGUAGGCCCAGCCAUGGUCCAGGGAGUAGGUCAGGAGCCCGGUCAGGAGAUGGGUCGUGGAAUGGGCAAUGGAAUGUCUGAAUCUAUGGGAUUUAAUGAAGGCAUGAGCCAAGGAAUGAGUCUCGGCGGAGGCAUGGGAGUUGGCGCCAGGCGCGGAGGUCAGAGGCUAGCAGGAGGCUACGCUGGCCGCUCGAAUGGUCUAUACGAUCCAAAUCCUUCGCAGGCCCACCGAGGUAGUUGGUUCUAGACGUCCCUUGCCUCGAUCAUUUGCUCCAGCAAUCGUUUUAGUUCCCAUCUAGAAAUUUCCGGAGCACGGUUCUCGGGAUCUAUCCGGACAAUCUAUUAACUGUAACGAAUAAAUCGAAAUUUUCCGUUUGAUCAAAUA